AUGGCUCUCCAAGACCCGCGACGCUCCUCGGAGCCGUCGUGGCGCGCGGCCGUCGGCAGCUCGUCCGCCGACGGCAUUCGCCGCGCAAAGCUCGCCCGCCUUGCGCUCGCCGCUGCCGUCGUGUGCCUGGGCCUCGGCCUCGGUCUCGGCCUGCCGUCGGAGCGGCGGCCAAGCGGCUCUUGCCCAGCAUCCAUCUCGGGCGGCCUGUCUGGUGUCCUCGGCUGGACGUAUUUCGCGGCGUGGUCGGCGUCCUUCUACCCGCAGGCGAUACAAAACUAUGUGCGCCGUUCGGUGGUCGGGCUGUCGUUCGACUUUGCGCUGCUCAACCUGAUUGCGUUCGGCUGCUACUCGGCCUUCAACCUCGCCCUCUUCCUCUCCCCCACCGUGCAGGCCGAGUACGCCGCGGCUCACCACAGCAGCAGCGCGGUGCGGCCGAACGACGUCUUCUUCGCGCUGCACGCGCUGCUCAUCUCCGCCCCGCCUCUGGACCUGCCCCAGGUCUUCCUCUACGAGCGGGGAGGCCAGACUUUCUCCCUCCCCGCGAAGGCCGCCUCCGCAGCCAUUCUGCUCGGCGCGGCGGCUCGCCCGAUACGGUGGCUCGACUGGCUGGCGUACCUCAACGCGCUCGCCGCGGUCAAGCUGGGCGUGACGCUGGUCAAGUACCUGCCGCAGCUGCUGCUGAACGCGCGCCGCCGCUCGACUGCCGGCUGGUCCUCUCCGGACCUUCUCUGGGCCCUCUCUGAACCUCCUCUCAACCGUCCUAGGCGCGCCGCCGCUCGACUGCCGGUUGGUCGAUCGACAACGUUUGCCUCGACUUGCGCGGCGGAGGGUCGCGGCUUUCCACUUAUGCCUCGCGCCCUUCUCGUUUAG